AUGUCUGGGACGUUCACCUGUCUCGACUGUGGUGAAGGCUUCCGCGAUGUCUCUGCCUUGUGGAGCCACAGCAAGGCAAGGCAACACGGCCUUUAUCAAGGUCGGAAACCUUUCAGCUUCCCCCAUGACAACAAGAGCUACGAUCCGGGUGAUCUCAGCUACACACUAGCUCAAAAGCAUGACUCGUACCAAGUCGACAUGCCGUACGGUCGGACUACGGUGUUUCUUCCUGCCUCAAGGACUGCCGUGGCGUCAGUGUCGGCAUUAAAUGAUGCAGCUGCUGCAGGCGCAGCGAGGGCAACGUUUGACACAGCUCCCGCGACCACAUACCCGCCUGGCGACCCAGCCAUGGAGUGCAGAUGUGAAAUCUGUGAUCUGUCCUUCCGUUCGGAUAAUGAGCUCAACACUCAUUACAAGUGGUCUCCCGUACACCCAUCCUGCGGGAAGUGCGCGAAAUGUUUUCGAGAUAAGAGUCAACUUUCCCGGCAUCUGCAAACUGCGCAUGCGUGUGACAUCUGCGUCUGCGGAGUAAUCUUCGAAAUCAACCAUGCGUCCGUGCACUACAAGGCAUCUUCGUGUCAUCCCAAGUGCAUCAAUUGUGGGGCAGCGUUCAAGGACGCUCCCGCGUUGAAUGUGCACUACAGAUCCUCCCAUUAUGAUCAUUAUUGUCUUCGCUGCGACCUCUGGUACCCUACGAAGCCAGAUCUACAGCGGCAUUUCUUCGAGUGCAGUGCACAUCCUCGCUGCUUUCAGUGCAAGGAAGGUUUCGUCGGACAUGUAGAGUACUUUCAGCAUGUGGCUGCGGUACAUAACUCGAAGGUCGUUGCGAUUUCCAAACCUCCUCAGAAGAACAAACAGGAGAAGCCCCCACCGUAUCGCUGCGACCACUGUAAUCUAGGCUUCAAGAAGUCGAAGCAGCUCAAGAAACAUAACCGCCAGACCCCUCUGCACCCGUGCUGUACCCAAUGCAAUAAAGCUUACGCAAUGUACGGGCCUUAUGAGCGUCAUAUGAUUAACAAACAUCCACGGGCCGAGAUACUGCCCAAGCUUCCUCCACGACCGUCACCGCAGACAGCGGGAACGGGCGCGUCUGCAUCGAACUGCGAGACAGCUACGGCGGUGCCCGAAGUAGUCGACGUAGGUGACCCUCCGGUGGAGUCAUCGGUGAAGCCUCAGGUGCUAGUCGAUGCUCCAAUUCGAGACGCCGAGGCCACCGCGAGUGCGGUAUAUCAUCUUCCGGCAGCAGUCAAUGUGGGACCGUCUGGCGAAACCGGCCGGGAUGCCGGCACGUUGACUCAAACAAUGCUCGAACAAGAGUAUCCCGUCAAGACGCCUGAGGUUAAUCUUGGGAGCGAUACGGGAUCUGUCAUAUCAUUCGACUCCCUCGCCUCCACCAGUUCGGAAUCGGACGCCUUAUUUGCACAAGCUCGGGCUCUUUCGAACACAGCCGUGCAAUGCGAAGAUGUUGACGAGCGCGAAGAUACCUUCUCCGACGCGUACGAAUACAUCCAUGCUAACGAGCGAUCGACCGAUGUCAACGCGCGGGCGAUUGACGAGCGACCUGACAGCGUCAUCAGCUACGUUACAGACGUAGACUCAGCUGUCAUGACGAACCCGGAGCUCGACUUCAUCGUGUUCUACAGUGUCGGAGGAAAGUGCAUCGUCAGGGAGAUCGCCGAGAGUAUGAAGUGUCCGGUUUGCAACAAACUGUUCCUCUUGCGGCUUCAAGCGUUCUGA